UAAAUCAAGACGAGCCCGCUGUUCUGCCCACAUGAAAUGUGUCUCCCAGCGCUGAAGCCCAUAAAUCCAGUUGGUGCCUUCCUGUUUGGAUUACGGACCGUAGGAUUACUUAAUCUGUGACGCAGCACAAUAGCUCUGACAGUGCACAAUCUGCGUGGCAGGCAUUUUGCGUGAGGGCAAACACUGGCAAGGUAAGUUAACUGGCCACCGCAAACGCAAUAUUCAGUAACGUGAAAUCAUGUAUAUCGCAUGUAAGGUCUUAUCCUAUGAGUCGUAGAUCUAUGUGGAUUUACAGAGCAGUUUUCAUCUGACAUUUUCUACGCUUGUUUUUAGCAAGAUGACAUUAUGCUAGAUUACAUAGUGGAACGUAAACUGAGAUUCACUACUUAUUUACGCGCUAUUCUAAUGUGACCUCACCUACUUUAACGGUAUCCUGUUGUACAGUUCAGAUCCUCUAAUGGUGCCAGUUAGCUAAGGACGUUUGAGCAAACGUGCGGGCUGUCAGACUCUAAACGUGAGGGGUCCCGUGGCUUCAAUUAAAAUACGGUGGCUUUCUUUUUCUUGUAACUCUUGGCUCAGCUACAAUCCGCUGCUAGUUCCCCCUGGUUCCAGCGCCUGCUAGCGCUAGCUAGCGUUCGUUUAGCCUGGACGCAGCUAGCGCCGACCUGUCAAUCAAACUAGCUCGCGCGCGCACCUCUCCUCCAGCAUGUUGCGUUUGCACGCCGCGAGCCGGAGUCUCUAUCCCGCAGCGAUCACUAAAGCAGGAACUGCAGUAACAAACAAUGCUCGCGCGGCAGCUACAGCCACAGCUGCUGCCAGUAACCUGGUGGAGGUGUUCGUGGAUGGGAAGCCUGUCAUGGUGGAGCCAGGGACCACUGUGCUGCAGCCAGUGGCAGCUUGUGCCAUGCCUGUCAUGAAGGGUUGGAAUAUUUUAACCAACUCUGAAAAAACAAGAAAGGCAAGAGAGGGUGUGAUGGAGUUUCUUCUGGCUAACCACCCAUUAGACUGUCCAAUUUGUGAUCAAGGGGGAGAAUGUGAUCUACAGGACCAGUCCAUGCAGUUUGGCAGCGAUUGCAGCCGCUUCACAGAGGGUAAAAGAGCUGUGGAAGACAAAAACAUUGGCCCUCUCAUUAAAACUAUUAUGACUCGUUGUAUCCAGUGCACCCGCUGUGUGCGCUUUGCCAGUGAGAUCGCAGGUGUGGAGGACAUGGGCACCACUGGCAGAGGCAAUGACCUCCAGAUUGGGACUUAUGUGGAGAAGAUGUUCAUGUCGGAGUUAUCUGGCAAUAUUAUUGAUAUAUGCCCAGUGGGGGCCCUGACUUCUAAACCAUAUGCAUUCACUGCUCGUCCUUGGGAGACCAGGAAGACGGAAUCCAUUGAUGUUCUAGAUGCUGUGGGUAGUAACAUUAUUGUGAGCACCCGCGGUGGAGAAGUGAUGAGAAUCCUGCCUCGUCUUCAUGAAGAUAUUAAUGAGGAGUGGAUAUCUGACAAAACCAGGUUUGCUUAUGAUGGACUUAAGAGGCAAAGGCUUACUCAGCCCAUGGUGAAAAAUGAAUCUGGGCAGUUGGUUCCCACAACCUGGGAAGAUGCACUGACUCAAGUCGCUGGAGUGUUACAAGGAGUUAAAGGAAAUGAUAUAGCUGCUGUGGUCGGAGGGUUGGUGGAUGCUGAGGCUCUUGUUUCCCUCAAAGACUUGCUGAACCGUUUAAAUAGUGAAAACUUGUGCACUGAGGAGAUGUUCCCCUUGGCUGGAGCUGGGACUGACCUGCGUUCAAGCUAUUUAUUAAAUACCAGCAUUGCUGGCAUUGAAGAGGCUGACCUGCUGCUCCUUGUUGGAACCAACCCACGCUACGAGGCUCCUCUUUUCAAUGCACGAAUCAGAAAAAGUUGGCUUCACAAUGAGUUACAAGUGGCUGUAGUUGGAAAGGAAGUGGACUUAAGUUAUACCUAUGAACAUCUUGGGGACUCUCCAAGAAUUCUUCAGGAAAUUGCAGCAGGAACUCACUCAUUCUGUCAGGUCUUAGAUAAUGCGAAACGUCCUGUUGUUGUGGUUGGUAGCGGUUGCUUGCAGAGAGAGGAUGGAGCUGCCAUAAUGUCAGCUGUGUCAACUAUUGCCCAGAACAAGUUCCGCAGCGGAGUUGAGAAAUCAUGGAAGAUUCUUAAUGUGCUUCACAGGGUUGCCAGUCAAGUGGCUGCACUUGAUCUUGGGUACAAGCCAGGAGUGGAGGCUAUUAGGAAGAACCCACCCAAAGUUCUGUUUCUACUAGGAGCUGAUGCUGGCUGCAUUACUCGCCAAGACCUACCUAAGGAUACCAUCAUCAUCUACCAAGGUCACCAUGGUGAUGUUGGAGCACCAAUGGCUGAUAUUAUACUUCCUGGAGCUGCAUACACUGAGAAAUGUAGCACCCAUGUGAACACUGAGGGCCGUGCGCAGCAGACCAGAGUGGCGGUGACUCCUCCAGGAAUGGCUAGGGAAGACUGGAUAAUCAUCAGAGCCAUUUCUGAGCUUGCUGGGUUGACUCUGCCCUAUGAUACUCUUGAUGAAGUGCGUCACAGACUGACUGAGGUUUCCCCAAACCUGGUGCGGUACGACGAUGUCGAGGAAGCCAACUACUUUAAGCAGGCUAAUGAAUUGUAUAAGACAGUAAACCAAGCUGUCCUCAGUACACCUCUAGUUCCCCCACAGCUUACUGUAAAGGACUUCUAUAUGACUGAUCCAAUAAGCAGAGCGUCUCAGACGAUGGCCAAAUGCGUGAAAGCUGUCAACGAGGGAGCACAAGCUGUGGACGAGCCAGCCAUAUGUUAAAAGGCACAACGGAUAACCGUUCAGCUUCUGAAAAACGCACAACUCUGCUAUUUGCACAUUCCUAAGAGUCUAAUUCCUUGCACUGGUGUUUUACUAGGUCCAAGUGUUUAUUUGUGGAACCGAGUAACUUACUUUAAAAACUUGCAGAAACUUGUCUGCAGUACUUGCACAGUAAAACUGUAACUUUAGGUUUAAUCCAUUUCUUGUGAUGCAAUCCUAGAGAGUUUGUUUCACUUUUUUUAGUACAUUUGCAUUUUAGUCGAAAUUACCAAAGGUUUGAAACAGUCUUUUAAAGUUAAAUCUAGGAUGUUGUCAUUCUGUACCUUUACCAGCAUUUAGUGUUAAAUUUUCCUGAAAGUAAAUUAUAAUGUAAUCUUAAAAAGUGUAGCUAUUUAUUUAUAUUUUAUCUAAAUAAAUAAUUUUGUAGUUUUAAUGAAUCGUGAAGAUU